AUGGAGGAGGGUUUCACUGAAGGUUCUACAGUCGAGGUCUGGAGCAAGGAAGAUGGGUUUCAGAACGCCUGGUUCUCCGCCGUCGUUCUCGAACCACCGACCCAUACUCUCACUCCUUCUCUCUCUCCCGUCAAGAAGAAGACGAAGCGUACCAAAAACGACAACUCAAAGGUCGUCGUUCGAUAUCUACACAUGCACGCCGACGACGGCAAGGAGCUUCUUGUUGAGAAGAUCGACAGCUUUUUCGUCAGGCCAAAUCCUCCUCCUGACACGGAGCCCGAUAAGCCAUUUGCGCAAAACGACGUCGUUGAUGCCUUCCACCACGAUAUCUGGUGGACCGGAGUCAUCAUCAACGUCGAAAACGACAACUAUACUGUUCGCUUCGCCAUCCCAUCUGAUCUUCUCUACUGCAACCGCUCUCAGCUCCGACCCCACUGGGAUUGGGUCGAUAAGAAAUGGGUACGGUCUGGAAAACAGGAAAUUAAGUAUUCGAAAUUCAGACCAGGAACAGGAGUAGAAGUGAAACUGAGUACUGAAAAUGAGGGCCUUGCAUGGAUCCCUGCGGUUGUGAUUGGGGAAAUUGAAGGCUCAACUUCUGUUCUGGUGAAGUAUAAGACGACAAAUAAAGAUUAUGCUGAGAAAGUUUCUGUAGCACAGCUGGAGAUGAUUCGACCCCAACCUCCAAAAAUGAGUGAGGAUGAUAAAGAUUUUGAGUUGUGGGUGAAGGUGGAUGCUUUUUGUGAUUUGGGUUGGUCAGUUGGAGAGGUCACUAAAAUUCUUCAACACAGAAAGUAUGGUGUUGCUGUUGCUUUUGGGGUGGAGAAGAAGGAGAUGAAGUUUGAUCACACUCAACUGCGCUAUCACUUGGAUUGGGUUGAUGGAAAAUGGGUUAACAAAUCAAGGGAGAACCUAUCUACACUAGUUAGUCGGCAAAAAUCAACAUGUGAUGAAGGUAGAGGUAUUGGGUCAUCGACCUUAAAUGGAAGUUUGGGUUGUGUUACCGAAAAAGGAACAUCUUGUUCAACAAAUGUGCAUGACAAUCAAAUGUCUCCUCCUGGUGUUGAUAAUUCAUCAACAUUUGAACUUGAAGAGCUGCAACUCUCAACUGCAGGUAAGGGGUCUUGUGCACAAAUGGUAAAUGGCAAUGAUAAUCUUAAAUUGAACCAAGUAGAAGAACUCGGCGAUCAGGGCAGGUUAGGGGAGCCUCAAAAAGAACCAGUCUCUUCUCAGGAGGGGGGUCAAAAUGACAUUGGAUCCAUUUGUGAAAUAGACAGAUAUGCAGAACAAACUGAGGAUAGCAAUGUUCCCAUUGUGAAAAGAUCUACUAUUUGGGAAUUAGUAGAUUCAUUAGAAGUGUUCAAAAAAUUGCCACAGAAUCCUCCUCAGUGUCAUUUGGUGAUGGCAGGCAGUAAAAUUGAGCUUGAAGUACUAGCUUUGACUAAUAAGGUAAAGUUUGCAUUUGUAAUUGACCAGAUCUCCAAGUUGCAAGAAGCUACUACAACGGAUACUGUUGAUUCCAUAAUAGAGCAAUUGACCAAAUUGCAAAAUAUGGGAUUUGAUGUGGAGUUACUAAAGAAUUAUCUGAAUGAGUUUAAUAGACUCAAACUUGGGUUAAAAGAUGUUAAAACUAAACUCAUGGAGCAUGUUGGCUGUCACAGCAAUGAGAAGUCAUUAUGA